CAACCUUCGAUAAUGGGCCUGUCCCUCUCUUCUUCGCUGCGGAUCGGCCUGCUCUCAGCCGCGGCUGGAACCGCUGCUGGCUUCUCCUUCGGCGCAGCUGCCGCCUCCGGGGUCCGCAGAACCGCAAGCACCGGCCUGCGGCCCGCGUCGCUCGCUGCGCAGAGCAGUGCUGCCGCCGUGUCGUUUAAGGACGCUGGGCUGUGCAAGAAGCUCGACGUGCCAGCCGACCUGCUCGAGAAGGUCGACGUCUUCAUCUUUGACUGCGACGGCGUCAUCUGGAAGGGCGACUCGCUCAUCGACAAGGUGCCUGCCGUCCUGGCGAUGCUGCGUGCGGCGGGCAAGAAGGUCUUCUUCGUCACAAACAACUCGACCAAGUCCAGGAAGGGCUACCUCGGCAAGUUCAAGUCGCUCGGACUAGAGGAGACGCAGCCCGAGGAGAUCUUCUCCUCCUCGUUUGCCGCCGCCGCCUACUUGGAGCAGACCAAGUUCAAGGAGAGCGGCAAGAAGGUGUACAUCAUCGGCGAGGUUGGCAUCGAGGAGGAGCUCGACAUGAUCGGGGUGCCGUGGAUCGGAGGCGGCAGCGACGCGGGCAAGAAGAUCGCACUCAAGUCCGGGUACGCGCUGCCGCACGACUCCGACGUGGGCGCCGUCAUCGUCGGCUUUGACCGCGAGAUCAACUACCACAAGAUCCAGUACGCGCAGCUCUGCAUCAACGAGAACCCGGGCUGCGAGUUCAUCGCCACCAACCUCGACGCAGUGACGCACCUCACCGACGCGCAGGAGUGGGCGGGCAACGGCGCGAUGGCCGGCGCCAUCAAGGGCUGCACCGGCCGCGAGCCGACCCUCGUCGGCAAGCCCUCGCCGCUGAUGAUCGACUACAUGGUCGAGAAGUUCGGCAUCGAGCGGGGCCGCAUCUGCAUGGUGGGCGACCGGCUGGACACGGACAUCCUGUUUGGGCAAAACAACGGCCUCCUCUCUUGCCUCACCCUCUCGGGGGUCACGACCGAGGAGAAGCUGCUCUCGCCCGAGAAUGAGAUCAAGCCCGACUUUUAUGUGGACUCUAUCGCCGACUUUCUGUAGAGGGAAGCACACUCUACGCGCGGGGGUCUCACGGGAGGAAAAGAUAUAAAGUGUGUCUCACCGACUGAAUAAAUAUAAACAAAU